GAUUACUUAAUCUGAUGCAAACCUUGAGACUUUGGAUCACCAAUAGCAAAAGCUACUGCUGUUAAGCACGGAGACAGGACCUGCAUUACCUUGCACUGCUGACUCACUUUGCAGUCUUGGAACUUUGAAAAUCAUUAACCCCAUACAAUCAUAGAACAAAGCUAUUUGAGCUAUUAACAUGCAGCAGUAGGGAGAGGACCAAAAGCAGACAUGUCCAGGAAAGAAAAUGCUCUUGAUCUGGCCAAGUUCAUCGACAAGGGCGUCCGUGUAAAGCUGUCUGGAGGCCGUGAAGUGGAAGGGACCCUGAAGGGAUAUGAUCAGCUACUUAACCUGGUCCUGGAUGAGACAGUGGAGUAUCUUAGAGACAAGGAAGACAUGCUAAGGACAACAAAUGAGACGCGGCACUUGGGACUUGUGGUGUGCAGAGGGACCGCUGUCAUGAUGGUGUCUCCUACAGCUGGCACAGAGGAGCUCGCUCAGAAUCCCUUCAUGCAGACAGACGGAGCAUGAUCACCAGCCAAGACAUGCAUGCGGCAAACAUAUUGUGAACGAUUGUGUUCAAUGGCUGUGCUGCAAAUCAGCAGGAUAUGAUGCUGCUGUGCACACAUCAUGAGGCAUGUAUGCCUGGAAUGGGUGUUUCAUGUGGAACGUUCUGUGGGAUGCACUGAUGCAAAUGAGCUGAUGCAAGUGACAAUUACGGCAAGCGGUUUAAAACAGAGAGAAUGCACACAUGAAUGGUUUGUUCGACAGAUUAUCUUGCCUGACAAUUCCAGAACUACUU